AUGAACAACUAUUUCAUCUAUGGCUCGCUGGAGGAUACGCCGAAAUAUUCGUGUCGCAAUGCUACGCCCGAACCUCGAAAUCCGAAUCUACCAUUGGGAGUCUUCUACAUCGUGACCGGCUUCGUCGUGCAGCUCGCCUAUCUUGCGUCCCUCCUCGGUAUCGGCCGCAAGGAGAACAUACAGUAUCCUGCCUACAAGCUCAUGUUCGCGCUGGCCAUAUUCGAUCUAAUGAAUAUAUUUGAUUGUGGGUAUUGGAUGGGCUACUUUACGAUCUAUGGUUUCCAUUUUUGCGAUAGACCAACGGAGAUUUAUUUAACCGGAUUGUACUGUGAACUUUUCUAUAACUCGGCGUCAUUAACUUCCGUGUCCCUGCUUUUCAAUCGUCUCCUCGAUGUGGCUGAAUGUCGUUAUCGUGAUUUGCUGUUCAAGCACCCAGUCGUCUUCAACCCAGACUAUGGUACUUUCAUCUUCGUCCCACUGAUCCCAGGGAAUAUGGACCAUGAGUACAACUUCGACCGUCAAACCUGGCUAAAUAUGUUCGUGUGCGUCUCGCUGGGCACAUUUAGCUGCCUGAUCUAUGUGAUUCAAUGGCGAAAGGAGAAGCUGAUGAGCAUCAAGAUGGGGUCAUACAGGAAGCAGGUGCUUCGUCAAGCCAUCCUCGUGUCUUUCUUCGUCUUCACGAGCUCGCUAAUUUGGACGAUGCUCGUCUUCAUCCCACCCGGAGCAUUUGCUAUGGCCAUGAUGCACAUUGGGCAUAUCUCGUGGAUGUUGAUGCAUAGCACCCCGGCUCUAAUCUACCUGAGCUUCAACGAAACGAUACGUAGCAACGUUCGUCGUCUCAGCAGGAUGGCACCCACUUCCCGAAUCUGCCAUACAAGCACUGGAGGAGCCGGAGGACCAGAGAUCCCAGCUCCAAAUAUGCCCGCA